GGAUAACUGUAGAGGGAGCAUUGAUUUUGCAAAUGAAGGGUGGAUAGAGAAUGGAGAAUCCCUAUGUAUGUAUUACGUACAGAGAUGAGAUGGAGGGAGAGAGAGAUACACACAGAUAAAUCUUCUAUCUAAUCUUUAUAUCUAUCUAUAUAUAAAAAAAAGCAAUCAUACCCUUCUUCCACAUUCUCCCCACUCUUCUUUUCUGUUUCGCUCUGCACUUCAAUUUCAUGCUAAAGAUCUGAACUUUGAUUCUACUUCUACACACCCUUUACAACUAUAUUAUGAAACCUGUUCAAGAUCGAAGAGAAAUUGACCCUCUCCCUGAAGUCUCAACGAGCAAUGAGAGUCCAUCGCAAUCUGAUCCAGUACCAGCCGCAAUCAACAACAACAGUAAUAAAUUUCGCGAUUAUCCGGUAGACGGUUGCGGUGGAGUGGGACCUAAUCCAGAUCAGGUUCUAGAGAACGUGUUAGAACAUGUUCUCUUCUUCCUAACAUCACGACGUGACCGGAAUUCCGCUUCGCAAGUCUGUAAAUCAUGGUACAAAGCGGAGGCUUUAACCAGAUCGGAGCUCUUCAUAGGAAAUUGUUACUCUAUCUCGCCAUGUCGCGUCACCGAUCGAUUUCGCCGCGUUAGGACGGUCACUCUGAAGGGUAAACCUAGGUUUGCCGAUUUCAACCUAAUGCCUCGCGAUUGGGGCGCGUACUUUAGCCCUUGGGUAGCGACUAUGGGAAGCUCUUAUCGUGCGCUUGAGAAGCUUUCUCUUAAGCGUAUGUUUGUCAUGGACAAAGACUUGGAAAUUCUUGCUAGUUCUUUUCCUUGUUUUAAAGAGCUUGUUCUUAUCUCCUGCGAAGGAUUUGGCACUAAUGGACUUGCAGUUAUCGCCGGCAAUUGCAGGCAACUCCGGGUUCUUGAUCUGAUCGAGGAUGAAGUUGCAGACAAUGAAGUAGAUUGGAUUUCCCAUUUCCCAGAUGGUGAGACUUAUCUUGAAUCCCUAACCUUUGAUUGCCUCGAAUUCCCAAUAAAUUUUGAAGCAUUGGAAAGGCUAGUUGCAAGGUCUCCUAACCUUACCAAGCUUAGGAUGAAUCGAUAUGUUUCAAUCGGGCAGCUUCAGUCCAUAAUAAGUCAAGCUCCCCAGCUCACUCAUCUUGGCACCGGUUCGUUUAGCCCUUCAGAGAUUGUUGCACAUAUGGAUAAUGAGCCAGAUUAUCUUUCCGCCCUUUCUUCUUGUAAGUCUCUAGUUUGUCUAUCUGGAUUCCGAGAAGUGGUGCCCGAAUAUUUGCCAGCAAUCUACCCCGUUUGCACCAACCUUACCUCUUUGAAUUUGAGCUUCGCUAAUGUUACUGCUGAACAACUUAAGCCUGUUAUCCGCCAUUGCCAUUGUCUCCAAACAUUCUGGGUGCUUGAUUCGGUGUGUGAUGAAGGACUCCAAGCUGUAGCUGCAACAUGCAAGGAACUACGAGAGCUUCGUGUUUUCCCAUUCGAUGCAAAUGAAGACGGUGAAGGCCCGGUUUCCGAUCUGGGCCUUCACGCAAUAUCCGAGGGUUGUAGGAAACUGGAAUCGAUUUUAUAUUUCUGCCAGCGAAUGACAAACGCGGCCGUGAUAGCCAUGUCAAAAAACUGUCCAAAUCUCCUUGUUUUCCGUCUAUGCAUAAUGGGCCGACAUCGUCCCGAUCAUAUAACCGGGCUCCCAAUGGACGAGGGUUUCGGGGCCAUUGUCAAGAACUGCAACAAGCUUACACGACUAGCCACGUCAGGUCUACUAACCGACAACGCGUUCAAAUACAUAGGCGAAUAUGGGAAAUUGGUAAGGACAUUGUCGGUUGCCUUUGCUGGCGAUAGUGAUAUGGGACUUAAAUAUUUGAUGGAGGGCUGCCCGAGAUUGGAAAAACUGGAGAUUAGAGAUAGCCCUUUUGGUGAUUCUGGUUUGUUAGCUGGAUUAAACCGAUAUUACAAGAUGAGAUUUCUUUGGAUGUCUUCGUGCAGAUUGACUCUUCAAGGUUGUCAAGCGGUUGCUAGUCGAUUGCCCAAUUUGGUGGUGGAAAUUAUGAAUGAUAAUAGGACGGGUGAGCCACAGGGAGAAGAAGACAAUGUAGAGAUAUUGUACAUGUAUCGAUCAUUGGGAAAAGCCAGGUCCGAUGUUCCAAGAUUUGUCAAGAUCCUGUGAUCUUUUUCUCUUAUUUUUUUUUUAGAAAAACAAAGGUUCCUGUUGUGAAGGAUGGGUAGUUUGUAUAAUGAAGAAACAUGUCUGAAUAAUGGUGGAAGGAAGAAUCUGAAAAGAAAGAUCCAUGGUUGUAUAAUUAAUAUCUACUUAAUUUGUUGGCUGAUUUAUCUAAUUUGCUAGUGUGUGUGAACAU